GCACACCAGACCCAAACCCCUGUCUGUCUAUAAAGUCUACAAAUACAAUUAUACAAAGCAUGAAAUCUCAAACUUGAGACAAACUCUCACUCUUUUGAGUUAUCUUCUAUUUGCAUAAAAUGGUUCCAUUGAUUCUUCUUCUUCUUCUUCCUCUUCUUCAUACAUCUGGGUCAUCGGCAGCCUCAGAUUCAGUCUAUGAUACCUUUGUCCAAUGCCUAUCUAAGCAAACAGGGCAACCGGAUCAAGUGUCCAAAAUCGUCUAUGCCCAAGGCAACGCUUCCUUCACAUCUGUGCUGCGAGCCUACAUCAGAAACUCCCGCUUCAACACCUCCUCCACACAAAAACCACUCAUCAUUGUAACCCCAACGCAAGAAUCCCAUGUGCAGGCCGCCGUGAUCUGCUCCAAGGCCAUCGGCACGCAACUCAAAAUCAGAAGCGGCGGCCACGACUACGAAGGGAUCUCCUACAUCUCCGAUGAGCCGUUUAUCAUUCUAGAUAUGUUCAAUCUCCGGUCCAUCACUGUCGACAUUGAGGAACAGAGUGCUUGGGUUGAAUCCGGCGCCACACUCGGAGAACUUUAUUAUAGAAUUUGGGAGAAGAGCUCAGAACUCGGCUUCCCGGCGGGGAUUUGCCCCACCGUCGGCGUCGGAGGGCACUUGAGCGGUGGAGGGUACGGUAACAUUCUGCGUAAACAUGGGCUUUCAGUGGAUCAUGUUACCGACGCGAAGAUAGUAACCGCUGACGGUAAAAUUCAUGACAAGGCUUCAAUGGGAGAAGAUCUGUUUUGGGCGAUUAGGGGAGGAGGAGGAGGAAGCUUUGGAGUAAUACUUUCGUACAAAAUUCGGUUGGUUCCGGUUCCGGAAACGGUAACAAUUUUCCGGGUUGAAAGGACCUUGGAACAGAAUGCGACCGACAUUGUUUACAAGUGGCAGCAGGUUGCUCCCAACACAGACGAGAACCUUUUCAUGAGGAUGCUGAUACAACCAGUGAGCUCCAAAGUGAAGAAGGGGGAGAAGACUAUCAGAGCCUCAAUUGUUGCAAUGUUUCUCGGAAACGCCGAGCAACUGAUCUCAUUGUUGGAUAAGGAGUUUCCUGAAUUGGGUUUGAAGAAGGAAAACGUGACGGAAAUGAGAUGGAUUGAUUCUGUUGUCUGGUGGGCAAACUACGACAUAGGCACGUCCCCCGAUGUCCUGCUCGACAGAAAUCUUGACUCGGCGAAUUUCCUGAAGAGGAAAUCGGAUUACGUGCAGACCCCGAUUUCCAAAGAUGGGUUGGAAUGGCUGUGGAAGAAGAUGAUCGAGAUCGGGAAAACAGGACUGGUUUUCAAUCCCUACGGCGGAAAAAUGAGUGAAAUCCCGGCUUCUGCAACGCCAUUUCCACACCGCGCAGGAAAUUUGUUCAAGAUCCAGUACUCGGUGAAUUGGGAAGUGGAAGGAAUGGAGGCAGACAAGAACUACACAACUCAGAUAAGGAGGCUUUACAGUUACAUGACUCCAUUUGUGUCGAAGAACCCAAGAAGUGCAUUUCUGAACUACAGGGAUCUUGACAUUGGUGUCAAUCACUUUGGCAAGAAUAGCUUGGAAGAAGGAGAGGUUUAUGGGGUCAAGUACUUCAACGACAACUAUGAUAGGUUGGUGAAGGUUAAGACUGCGGUUGAUCCACAGAAUUUCUUCAGGAAUGAGCAGAGCAUCCCAACUCUUCCAAGUAAGGCGUAGGGAAUUCAAUCCUUAAACAGACUGCUGUAUUUUUAUAUAUUUUAUUUUUGGAUUAGGAGAUUGCUGUAUUGUUGGUCUUAUUAGCAUAAAUUCAGAUCAAGUUUACUGUUGUUUUGUCUAUUUUAGCUCAAUUCAGAUUGCUGUAAUAUGUGUAAGAUUUGAGUCCUCCAAUAAGUAUUGUGGAAUCAUUGUAUUGAUAUUUAUAACAACUAUACAAUCAUUCAACUUUUACUA